AUGUGGGCCCCCUUCAUAGGAAGAAUAUCCAUCACGGACUACCUCAUAGUCCUUGUCAUCUACCUGGAAUCCAUAAUAUCUUUCUUCUUACGACUCAUACCAAAUCCAAUAAUGAACUUCUUCUCCUCCCUAAUAAAUUUUACUAUAAACAUUGAUGACUCAAGUUUAGAACAAAGACUAAGACUGGCACCCACCAUUCAUGAAAUGUGCGCCCCAUUUAACAUCACUAUUGAGGACCACAUGGUAAGAACAGAGGAUGACUACAUCCUUACCUUGCAUAGAAUCCCACCUUCUGCCAAGAGGUACAAUGGUAAAGUGGUUUAUUUGCAUCACGGCUUGCUAAUGUGCUCAGAUAUUUGGUGCUGUCAAUUGGAAAGAAAUAAAAACCUACCCUUUGUAUUACACGAUUUGGGGUUCGACGUUUGGAUGGGCAAUAACCGUGGGAACAAAUAUUCCACUGCUCAUUUGCAUAAGUUACCCAAAUCAAGGAAAUUUUGGGACUUUUCCAUUGAUGAAUUCGCAUUCUUCGACAUCCCAAACUCCAUAGAUUUCAUUUUGAAAAUUACACACGUCGAGAAAUUGAUAUGUGUUGGGUUCUCCCAAGGGUCCGCUCAAAUGUUUGCCUCGUUUGCCAUUAACGAAUAUUUGAACUCUAAAGUUGCACAAUUCAUCGCUAUUGCACCUGCAAUGACUCCUCGAGGGUUACAUAAUAGAAUUGUAGAUACGUUUGCUAAAUCUUCACCAACUUUAAUGUACCUCUUCUUUGGAAGAAAUAUUUUGUUGCCCAGCGCCAUUGUAUGGUUGAGAACCUUACAUCCUGCCAUUUUUAAUUUCUGUAUCGAUUUCGGUAAUAGAAUCCUUUUUAAUUGGAGAUCUUUGAACAUUUCACCACAACAGAAAUUAAUCUCAUAUUCAAAAUUGUAUUCCACUACGAGUGUGAAAUCAGUGGUACAUUGGUUCCAAAUAUUGAGAUCCCAAAAGUUUCAAAUGUUUGAAGAACAGGAUAAUAUGUUCAAUUCGUUAACGAGGCCUUACCAGAUUGCUAGGUUCCCAACAAGAACAAAUAUCAAGAUACCAAUAUUAUUAAUCUACGGCGGGAAUGACUCCUUAGUGGAUAUCAAAGUAAUGAAGAAAAAUCUACCGGAAACGGGAGUUUUCGAUAUUAAAGUGGAAAAUCACGAACAUCUUGAUUUAAUUUGGGGGGAGAAGACUGAUACAUUGGUCAUUGCUAAAGUGCUUAAAUUUAUUGAAUUUUUUGAAGGUGUUUCCAGAAGAAACUCCAUCGUCAUUCAAAAUUCAUUAAAGACUAUCGAAAAUCAUACCAAUAAUAAUAAUUCCAUUCUCUUGGAACAAGUAAUCACACCAAAUAAAAUGGGCCCCACCUUUAGAUCUCCAUCACAAUCAUUAUCCAUCCCACCAGCAAUCGACUCUCAGCACAGUCCAGCGGCAACAACUUCCACUAUGAUUAACAGGUAUAAUACAUAUCCAAAGAGUAACAGUAGAAUUUCUCAAGAAAAUAUCAUUUCCUCGUCCUCACCAAGGGGAUCAAGACCAAUUUCACCAUCUUCUUCAUCGGCGGUAUCAUCUAGUCUAAGUUCCGAAUCAGAAUUAAACACGACGAACGAUGGGCAAUUACGAUCAGGUAUUGUUGUUAAUAGCAAUAAUAAUACUUUGACUUCAUUGGAAAAUGAUAUGAAGGACGAUUACGAUACAGAAUUUGAGGAAAAAGUGAGAGAGAGGAACGAAAAUAAGCUUCAAAAAAGGCAAUUGAGUAGAUACUUAACUAAUGAAUGA